AUGAACAACUAUCUUUGGUGCUUCAUUUGCAUAUUAUCGACGUUGCAUAUUGCUAUUAUUGCAGAAGAUGCAAAUUCUAAAUUGAAGAAAUGCUGCAAAACAUACGAACCUUUGCUGCAUAAUGAAACGGCCGUGAAUGAAUGUCUCAAUAAGUACUGUGAUUUCGAUACCAUCUCACAAACAAAUGUACUUGUAUUUUUGAAACAUUGCGAUAGCAUUGUUGUUGGUAGUAUAUUUUCUUGUGCAUCAUCGAAUUAUGAUCAUACACAGUGUUGUUUGGCUAAUGGAGUAAGUGGAAAAUGUCUGGAAUAUUGCUCAGCUCAUGAUGGUGUACCUCCAAAUUAUUUGGAUUAUUUAGCAUGCCUAGAAUACUUUGAUACUAUCAAACAAUGCUUUAAAAAUUAUCUGGAAAAAAAUCCUGCUAUUAAGCCUUAG